AUGAGCGCGAAUCCCGCCGCCCCGGGGCCCGCGAAGAAGACGUCCGAUCCGAAUUCCCAAUUCAAGACGGCCGAUCACCAAGCUUCUCGCCCUCCGCGCGCCAAGUCGAAGAGGACGCCGUUCGUCCCGGAGGAGACGGGCGCGUACGGCGAGAAGCCGAAGAAGGAGAAGUUCGUCGUCCCGGACAUCCCGGCGCGGUUCGCGCCCGCGGCCGCGUCGUCGUCGUCCUCGUCGUCGGAUACGGAGGACGACGACGCGCGAAUGGCGAGGGAGGCGAGGCGGCGACGGUCCGAGCGCAUCGCGGCCGCGAAGGCGAAGGCGGCCGCGGAGGCCGCGAUCCCGGACUUCGAGAAGCUCCACCCGGAAGCCGCCGCGGCGAAGGCGAAGAGAGAAGAAGAAGAAGAAGAAGAAGAAGAAGCGGCCGCGUCCGCGUCCGCGGCGAAUCCGAAGGCGCUCUCGAAGAAGAAGUCCUCCAAGAUCGCCGAGGCGCGCGCGCUGCUCGAGGCGGAGGCGGAGGCGGCGAGGAGAGCGGCGGCGCCGCCGCCGCCCGUCGUCGUCUCCGACUUCACGCGCGAGAUCUUCUCCCUCCUCGACGCCGACGGCGACGGCGUCAUCACGAACGACGCGCUCGCGGACGCGCUCGCGGAGGAUCCCACGCUCGCGCACACCCUCGGCGUCUCCGCGGCUUCGAACUCUCCGAGCUCCGCGGCGGCGCUAGAAGAAUUCUACGCGUCUCUGCGCGAUACGGGAUCGCACCCGCUGACGCUCGAAGAGUUCGCCGCCGCGUUCGGCGCGCACGUUGACGAAGCGCACGACGCCGCGCUCGCGAUCGUCGAGAGCGCGCGCGCGAAGGCUGGCGGGUUGAACGAUCCGUCCGGGCAAUCCGCGGACGCGAACGCGCCGCCGGUGUUUCUCACCGCCGCGGCGGCGAGGACGUUCAACCAGAUCGAUAAGAACGGCGACGGCGUCGUCACCGUGCGCGAGCUCAUCAUCGCGCUGCGCGCGGACGAGUCCCUCGCCGUGACGUUGGGGCUCGUGUCCGGGAAGGUGCGGCAGGAGGACGGCACUCGAGACGCGCUGCUCGCGUUUUUCGACUCGCUCGACGCCAACGGCGACCGCGAGCUCACGAUGGAGGAGUUCGCGGCGGUGUUUUGCGCGGACGUGAACGCUCCGCGGUCGAGCGUUUCGUUGCCUAACGGUAACGGCGGCGUGAUGAUCCCGCCGGCGAGCCCGCCGCGGCCGAACGAGCACCACGCGCCGCGCGACGAGUGGCUCUUGCCGUCGGAGAUCACGCGCGCGGGCGCGUCGGCGGAGGCGGCGGUGAAGAAUUUGAGCGCGCGCGGGACCCCGGCGCGCGCGACGUCGCCGACGUCGACCGCAAAGCGCUCAGAUUACGCGCUGGUCGCGCCGUCCGUGAUGUCCGAUAUGAUGGGGGACGGGGACGAGAGCGACCCUGAUUCGUCGAGCGGCGAGGAUGAAACCGUGGAGGAGAUUUUCGCGCGGCUCGACGCGGACGGCAGCGGCUCGCUCAGCGUCGAGGAGCUCAUCUUCGGGUUGCGGUCGGACGCCACGCUCGCGAAGAAGAUGGGGCUGUCGCGUCACAACAUCACGACGAAGGAAGGGCACCAGGCGCUGGAGUCGUUCUUCAGAGCCUUGGACGCGAACUCGGACCGCGAGCUGUCUCUCGACGAAUUUCGGAUGGUAUUCGGCGCGGGCGGCGCCGGGAAGACGCCCAAGCCUUCCGCCGCGGCGAAGCAGUCCGCGAAGAAUAAGAAGGCGAUGAACGCCGAGCUCGGCGGCAUGCGCGCGGAGCUGGACAAGCUGCGCGACAUGAUGUCCUCGCUGCUCGUGAACCCCGCGGAGACGCAGCUCAACCAGAUGCGCGCUCUGCUGGAAGAUAUCGUCGUCAGGACGUCUCCGGAGAGCAGCGUGAAGACGGCGGCGGACAGUACGAGUACCGCGUACGACGGGUGGGCGCUGGGGACGACCAAGUACAAAAACUACGACGACUACUGCAAGAGCGAGGACUUCAAGAACACGAUCAUUCGCCCGGCACUGAAGACGCGGUUCUUAGACCCGGCGAAGGACACGAGCCCGUGGCGGCGGUCGCUCAAGAAGAAGGGAAACCCGGCGCCGCGCGGGCGGACGCCGCGGUACGACUGCCCGGAGCCGGAGCCGAUGUGCGUGUACAAGUCCAAGUGGCGGGACGGCUUGCGGAACGACGACGGCAAGGGGUACGCGGUUUUGAACACGGGGAAAGGGUAUCGGGACCGCGAGCGGUGGAACCGCGAGGAUCCGCUCGCGCCGGGCGCGGCGUUCAUCCGAGACCGGCGAAACCCGUACGCGCCGACGAUGGCUCGGAUGAACGCCAUGGGCGUCGACCUCGAGACCGCGGAGGCGCUGCGCAAGGUGACCGUCGGCGGCUCCGGCCGCAUCUUCUCGAGGGCGUUCACGCGGCUGUACCUCACGCCGCAGACGCGAAGGGAGCUCGAGAAGAACCCGACGGUGAAUCCUCCGGGGGUGAAGACGUCGUUCGACGACCUCUACGGCGUCGUCGGCUUAUCGCCGUCGAAGCACAAGGAAGACCUCCGUCACAGGGCGGCGAUGCAGCCGGUGAGUUUUCAUCGCAACGUCGUCGGCGACGACGCGAGCACGAUGACGAGCACGCCGAGCGGGGAGCUGUCGAAGUAUCCGAGGGAGUUUGGAUACGCGAGGGGGUCGGGGGAGAAAAAGACGAGGCUGUUCAUCCCGUGA